AUGAGAUUUAAUUAUAGUGGUGAAGGUUUGAGUAGCACAAUCCACGCUUUUAUCUAUCUAUCUAUCUAUCUAUCUAUCUAUCUAUCUAUCUAUCUAUCUAUCUCUCUCUCUCUCUCUCUCUAUAUAUAUAUAUAUAUAUAUAUAUAUAUAUAUAUAUAUAUAUAUAUAUAUCAGUUCACUCAUAUUCAUUAUCUAUCUAUCUAUCUAUCUAUCUAUCUAUCUCAAUCUGCUCAUAUCUAUCUAUCUAUCUAUCUAUCUAUCUAUCUCUCUAUAUAUAUAUAUAUCAGUUCACUCAUAUCUAUCUAUCUAUCUAUCUCAAUCUGCUCAUAUCUAUCUAUCUAUCUAUCUAUCUAUCUAUCUAUCUAUCUCUCUCUCUCUCUAUAUAUAUAUAUAUAUCAGUUUACUCAUAUCUAUCUAUCUAUCUCAAUCUGCUCAUAUCUAUCUAUCUAUCUAUCUCAAUCUGCUCAUAUCUAUCUAUCUAUCUCUCUCUCUCUCUCUCUCUAUAUAUAUAUAUAUAUAUAUAUCAGUUUAUUCAUAUCUAUCUAUCUCAAUCUACUCAUAUCUAUCUAUCUAUCUAUCUAUCUAUCUAUCUAUCUAUCUAUCUAUCUAUCUCAAUCUGCUCAUAUCUAUCUAUCUAUCUAUCUAUCUAUCUAUCUAUCUAUCUAUUUAUCUAUCUAUCUAUCUCAGUCUGUUUAUAUCUAUCUCGCUAAGUCCCUUCAUUUCUCCUUCCCUCUUGUGUUAGAAACAUUCUUCCCAUCCAUUAAACGAUCGCUUUUUUUUUUUUUUCACAAGCAGAACCUUUUUAUCCUCCGAGUCGCCCUUUCUUCCAGCCAGCUAAAUCCAUUCUCUUCAUUUGCGUACUCACUCCCCGACUCCACGUUUUGCUAUUUCUCAUACUCUCGCUUUUCAUUGGUCCCCAGAUAA